AGCAAGAAGCUGCGCCUGCCGCAGCUGGGCCACGCGCUGUCCUUCGAGGACUACGCGGUGCUGGCGCGCCACAAGAAGCGCAAGGAGCGGGCGCGCGCAGCGGCGGCGACGGCGGCGGCGGUGUCCACGGGCGUGCGCUCCGACGACGACUCGGCCACCACGCCCGCCACCCCGCCCACGCCCACGCCCACCGCCCCCGCGCCCGCGCCCGAGCUGCGCGCCAGCGGCCCCGACCCCUACGAGAAGCUGCACUACCGCACGGAGGCUCCGAGCAGUGGCUCUGCGAGCGACUUGGACGGGUAUGGACCGAGCACAAGUCUCGACUCCGACCAAGAUGGCAAGAAAUACUGGGUGAGGUCAGGUUCUGAAGGAUCAGUACAAUCUUGGGCAUCAAGUUUGAGUUAUGAAAGCCAGUCAGAUGAAAAGACUGCAGAAGCUGUGGAAUUUAUGCGUACAUUUGUGAGUGACUUAUUCAAAGAUAGUGCUUCAAUUCCUUUGGAUCAGAAGUCAAAGUUUGGGCAGCUAGCACAGCAUGAAGCUGGACGAUUAUGGUUUGCUCGAUUUGUCAAUGCUCAGCGAGUUCAUCAUAAGAAAGUUGAUGAAUCAACAUUCUACAGCUUAGUGCAGUACUUUGCUAUAGUUCUCUUUGAAUGCGCUGAUGCAGAUGACUUUUCACCAGCUAAAUCACUCAUGAAUAUGUGCUUUACAUUCUACCAUGAAGUGGAUGUUCCUGGGUGUGAACCUUACAAAGAGUAUCUCUACACCUAUUUACGUGAGCAGACCAUCUGGCACAGCUUGCGUUUUUGGAAUGCUGCCUUUUUUGAUGCACUGCAAUGUGAAAGAGUGCAUCGUCCCGUUGUGACUCGUGAUGACAUUCAGAGCAACAGUCUGGAGGCUAUUACGGAUGAGAAACAGUAUCAAGAGAAUAUUACCUUUGGUCAAUUAGGAACAUUUACAUACAACAUGCACGCGUUUGGUUUAACUAAAGAGCUAUGUUCAGAGUUCCUGAGGAAGCAAUGCAUCAUUGCCAACCUGAGUGAAGAGCAAGAAAAAAUGCUUCGAGACAACGUGGAGAGGAUGUACAGGGAAACAGAUCCAUGGCGAUAGUCUUCAAAAUGACAACAAUUCAACAUUAAACAAUAUUUAUUGGACAGGUUCAUUACAGGCUGACUAGUAAUCUUAGAUAAUGCAAUGGAGCAUUUCAAAUUGAACUCUUUUAAUAAUCAUACAUUAAAGACUGAGAAGAUAUUCAUAUGAGAAUGAAUGUAAGCAUUUUGCUUAAAUAUUGCAGCUUUCAGAGACAAUAACAAUAGUGAUAAGGGAAGAGCAGAAUAACAUGGUGCAGAGGGAUAGGAUACCAAGUGACUGAAUAGGUGAUGAUUCUGGAAUGUCUGGGUCAGUCUCCAAUAUUACAACUCUUCCACAAUUCAUCUGAGUAGAAACCAUUAGAUACAUUGUAUACAUUAUUUUAACAUUUCACUUUACUUCCACUGAAUAAAACAUUAAUGCUCAAUCUGUUAUUCUCUAGAACAGAUAUAUAUAGAGCAAAUAAUAGUGUAUUUUAUAAGACAGUUUUUGAAUUCUUCUACAUACUUCAAUUAGACAAAAUAGUUAUAUUCAAUUGCAAUAAAUGAUUUACUUUCCUAAUCAAAACAAUCUAGAAUUAUGCUAAUUUUAAAAAAUAGAUUAUCAUCAUUAAUUACAGUACUGAGCCACUAAAAAUUAUUUUCAUUCAGGUGCUUGUCUUAGACAAUCAGUUACAAAAAGAAGGAAAGUUUAAUUUUUGACACUUAGCUUGGUACUGCAUUUUGAGGGCAUACAGACUGGAAGCAAUAAGUGAGAUGUUCCUAGUUGGGAUGAACUGGGCACAUGGGCAUAAUCCCAAUCAAGUUUGUAUCCAAGACUUAUCCAUUUGUAAUCUUCUAUAAGGGUUUUGAAAUUAAAAUAUAUUUUUAACAUCAUAAGAAAUAUUCUAAGUUAUAGCUGUGUAUCACAUUGAUUAUUUCUCCAAUAAACAAAAUCCGAUUUUUGUAAGUUCCUAUACAUAUAAUACAUAAACCAAUGACUCACAUCGUGGCGAUUUUCUUUUUAACCAUGUUUUUAAGACAGAAACAGAAUAUAUCAGGGUACUGAUUAGUAUACAAUAAAAACCAACAGUGAUAUGCAAUGUCAAAUAGCUGAUAGCAUAGGUGUCAUUCUUAAAAAAAAUAAACAGAAGAAAGGAAAAUUUGUCUCCACAAUGUGAAUAAAACCAAAAACAAUUUUUUUGUAAUCAUAAAAGAAACUAAUUUUAUAUUGGAUGAAAUGGAUGUUUCAAAAGAUACACUUCAAAACAACAAAUUACUUUUGAAAAUCAGUUAUUAUAACUACAAUAUGUGUUUAGAACAAAAUUAUUUAAGAUUUCUGGAUUUUUAGUUACCUUUUGUCAUUUUUCA